CAGCUAAGCAAGAGCCUUCACCAUGGAGCAGCUGAGUUCAGCCAACAGCCUGUUCGCCUUGGAGCUGUUCCACACCCUGAGUGAAAGCAGCCCCACAGGAAACAUCUUCUUCUCUCCCUUCAGCAUUUCUUCUGCCUUGGCCAUGGUCUUUCUGGGGACCAAAGGCACCACUGCAGCCCAGCUCUCUAAGACUUUUCAUUUCGACUCUGUUGAGGACGUUCAUUCACGCUUUCAAAGCCUGAAUGCUGAAGUGAGCAAGCGUGGAGCAUCUCACACUCUGAAACUUGCCAACAGGCUGUAUGGAGAGAAAACCUACAAUUUCCUUCCUGAGUUCUUGACUUCAACUCAGAAGAUGUAUGGUGCUGACUUGGCCCCUGUGGAUUUUCAGCAUGCCUCUGAGGAUGCAAGGAAGGAGAUAAACCAGUGGGUCAAAGGUCAAACCGAAGGUAAAAUCCCAGAACUGUUGGCUGUGGGUGUGGUGGACAGCAUGACCAAACUUGUGCUGGUGAACGCCAUCUACUUCAAGGGGAUGUGGGAGGAGAAAUUCAUGAAACAAGACACAACAGAUGCUCCAUUCCGGCUGAAUAAGAAAAACACAAAAUCUGUGAAGAUGAUGUAUCAAAAGAAAAAAUUUUUCUUUGGCUACAUUUCGGAUCUGAAGUGCAAGGUGCUGGAGAUGCCAUACCAGGGUGGAGAACUGAGCAUGGUCAUCCUGCUGCCCGAAGACAUUGAGGAUGAGUCCACGGGUCUUAAGAAGAUUGAGGAGCAAAUAACUUUGGAAAAACUGCGUGAAUGGACCAAACGUGAGAACUUGGAAAACAUUGAUGUCCAUGUCAAAUUGCCCCGGUUCAAGAUAGAAGAGAGCUACAUCCUCAACUCGAACCUGGGCCGCUUGGGAUUGCAGGAUCUCUUUAACAGUAGCAAGGCUGAUCUGUCUGGCAUGUCAGGAUCCAGAGAUCUUUUCAUAUCAAAAAUUGUCCACAAGGCCUUUGUGGAAGUGAAUGAGGAGGGAACAGAGGCAGCCGCUGCCACGGCAGGCAUCGCUACAUUCUGCAUGUUGCUGCCCGAAGAAGAAUUCACAGCGGACCAUCCAUUCAUUUUCUUCAUUCGGCACAACCCCACAGCUAAUGUGCUCUUCCUUGGCAGGGUUUGUUCCCCAUAGAAGAAGACUUUACCAAUACAAGGCAGAACUUAGAGUUUCAUCCCCUGAGAUUUUAACAGUGAUUAUAUUCCUUUGUACUUGACAAUAAAACCUCUAACCAGAAA